UAUAAAUGUAUUUGAUAACUGUCACUAUCAUAGAGCCGUUGAAAAGACCUGCUCGACCCCAUGGUGACAGCAAAAGGCCACAGCUCGACAAACACAACAAGGCUGUGCCCUAAUUAUAGAGCCUUCCCUAGAAAAUUCUCGCUGCUGCACGCCGUGUGUCACUUUGUAACAAUAUACUUGUACUUCGCAUCGUGCAUAAGAGGAUAUGCCAAAGCUAGUUUAUAGGGUGCCGGAGGUAGCUCCGGGCAUAGUGGCAAAUUUGCACCAAGAAGCGCCAUCUUAAUGUCCGUCGUAUCCAUUUCGUGGAUUCAAUCACGUUGUAUGUUUCAUGAGCGAGAAGUGAAAACCACAUAACGAUUGCUCAUUGGUCUGGUCAUCAGGGAAGGCAUAGCUUGUCACUAUGUCUUCAUGGUCCUCCUCGACUUGGCAUGCUCACAUGAUCCUGGUGUCAUGUGGGCGUUUCUUUGCCACUGGUAUCUUACCCCAGGUAAGUAAUAUUAUUGAAGUUCGAGUUCGUACUGGAAGCCUCAAUGAAGUGACUAAGUUGACAUCCUUCAGCGCAGUAGCAUUUUAUCAAGGGAUGGAUGCGACCUCCAGGUUGGUGUCUCGACCGAAAACAAGAGAAGGAUUGAGACCCAGAUUUUAUUCCCGUAAAUUUGGUGCGACAGUUGGACGAACUUGACGUACUGCUAUAAACCAUAUAGGUAUUGUAACCAUAUACCAUAUACCGGACAGAGGACAAGGAUGUACAUUUCAUUAGUUACAUAUCUUAGUGCCCCAAAUUUAAAGUCGUAAGAUCAAUCUUCUAGACUGAUAUCAAGUCCUGUUAUGCAGUCCACUCUUUUUUGAGGGGCACUGCGGUCACCGGCACAAUUCCAC